AUGUGUGGUAGAAAGUCCAUAACUGAUGGACAAAAGCGUGCUGCAUUCGUCCGUUAUCAACUGCAGCAGCAAGGGUUACCGGUUGACGAUGCACCAGCAGAUGAUGAGGCACGUGAAACCUACAACUUCCCGCCUGGUGCAUAUGGCCUGGUCUACAGGGCUGAUGUCCCGGACCACGGGGCAAGGGAUCAUCAAAGUGACCCGCCUGGGCAAAGUGACGAGCAGACCCGAGAUCCAGAAGCAGACGCGGAGCCAGAAGAAUCAGCAGCACGGCUAGCAGCAGACAACGUCAGCAGCAACGACCAAUCCAACACUACCAGCGAGGAUAAGCCUAAUGAUCGAUACAAAUACCAGAUCAAGGUCAUGAAAUGGGGCCUAAUCCCAUUCUGGACGAAACGAUCACCAGACUACUCGAGCAUGCUGCGCACGAUCAACUGCAGGGACGACAGCCUGGUCGAGAACAAGGGCAUGUGGACGACGAUGAAAGCGAAGAAACGCUGCCUGGUGAUCGCACAGGGGUUCUACGAAUGGCUGAAAAAGGGGCCCGGGCCGAGAGACAAGGUCCCGCAUUUCGUGAAGCGCAAGGACGGCCAGCUGAUGUGUUUCGCGGGCCUGUGGGACUGCGUCCGGUACGAAGGGAGCGAAGAGAGCGAGAAGCUGUACUCAUACACGAUCAUCACGACGGAUUCGAACAAGCAGCUGAGAUUUCUGCAUGACCGCAUGCCUGUCAUAUUGGAUCCGGGGACCGACGAUAUCAAGAUGUGGCUGGAUCCGAGUUGCAACAAGUGGUCCAAGGAGUUGCAGGCGAUGCUGAAGCCGUUCGAGGGCGAGCUCGAAUGCUACCCGGUUGACAAAGACGUGGGCAAAGUCGGGAAUAAUUCGCCAAACUUCAUCGUCCCCGUCGACAGCAAGGAAAACAAGAAAAACAUCGCCAAUUUCUUCGGGAACGCUGCUAGUCAGAAACAGAAGCCCGCUAACAGCACUGCUACCCCUCCUACCACCUUAGUGGCAAAAGCAGAGAAUGAACCAGAAGAAGAAGAAACUCGCACAACGGUUGACCACGACGGAAGCGAAGACAACGCCCCUCUGCCCGUACCGGCAUCAUCGCCCUCACCAACGAAUCCAUCCUCAGACCCUCCUCACCAAACCAGCACAAGCCAGAAGCGACGCGCCCCCAGCGACCUCGUAUCAUCACCAGAGAGCGACAGAAAACAAAUCAAACUCUCCACUCAAGGACCUGCGACCGCAGCAGCAAGAUCCCCACCGCCAAAGCCUGCACCCUCUACGGUAACGGGCAAGAAACCGCGAAGUGCGACAAGCAACAAGGACAUGGUGCUGAAGGGAAGCUCUCCUGCGAAGAAAAAAGGGGGUAACUUGGAGCCUGGUACGCAGAGGAUCACGAGUUUCUUUGGUAAGUGA